AUGAGACUAUCGUUGCGGAGAAAGAUACUUUUGGCAGCAGCAGUCACGCUGCUAUUGGUGGGGGCCUGUUUGUUGCAUCUGAAGAACACACUUCAAUAUUUUAGAGAGAUCAUACUGGACACAGAGAAAUUUGAUCCGGAAUCAUUAAAAGCGCAUAGUCUUCAAGUGAAGAAAGAUUUGCAUUAUUCCAAUUAUUUGUAUAGUGGAUUUGACAAUUUCACAAAUGCCUUUGGUGGAGCCAAAGACGUGAACUCGAUAAAAGCAGCGCCACUUGGUGAAAAAUGCCGCGUGUUUUUCGACCAGUUCAAUGCCGCGAGACCAGACUUUAAGUUUCAGGCGCAUGGUAAACCGGGUUAUCGCUUUGACAAGUCCUCGGAUAAGAAGGAACUGUUUUUCAGAGAGAGGAUAUUAAAGUUAGAAGAAAAUUUCGCCAAGGAGAAUAAACAGGAUCGCAAAAAGUUCGAAUUGAGCCGCAAGGAUCAAAAGGAAAUCCUGAGCGAGUACGAGAGGAAUGUCGCCAUCUCGAAAGAAGUGAUGCAGGAGAUGGCCGAUAUAACCACCGCGAUGCGAAUCUACGGUAAAUGUUUCAUCGGCAGGGACUUGGACGAGUACCAAAAACUGGUUUAUGGUGUGCUCAGCGAGAAGCUUUUCCCCUUCAUUUCACGGCAGUUCCCCAUUUUCAAAAAGCCCGAUUCAGAUCCCGUAUCGGGUUGGCCCAUUAUAAACGAGGAGGAUGGAACUGUUGUUGAACGCAAGGAUGAUCUAGGCGACGAGAAUAUGAUUGAUUUCAUAUUCAAUCAUUCCAAGGGGAAAGGUAUUGUGAUAUCGGCGGCAUCGCGACACGCCAAGGACGUCAUUAGACUCAUCAAGUUGUUUCGAGCCAUGAAUAAUGAACUCCCCAUUCAAAUCAUUUACAAGAGCGAUAUUACCAAGAAAAACAUCAAGAAUAUCGAACUUGCUGCCACUGCCGACGUGGAAAGUAUUUUGGAUCCGCAGAUUAUGCGAGAUCACAUGCUGUUCAUGCCGGAACUAGAGCUCUUGAAGCUGUACAAGGAUUAUGGGUCCAGAUUCCCCAAGCAAAAGAUUGAAUUUAUCAACAUUUCCAAUUGCAUCACUCGUCUGUACAAGUAUUCAUUCCCGGGGUACUCAAACAAGAUCUUGGCAAUGUUGUUCUCCACUUUUGAAGAGAUUCUACUCUUUGAUGCAGAUACUGUCCCCUUAGUUCCACCUCAGGAGUUUUUUGAAUCUUCUGAAUACCAGAAAUCCGGUACUUUUUACUUUCAAGACCGUUCGUUGCGAGAUCCCAACGACUACAUUGAAACCAACUUUUUUGCCACUUUGUUCCCCACAAACGAAUAUUCAAUCGAUACGUUAUUUGACAUCCCCAGGACAACAAGCAAGACUUUGAAUAAUAGGUACAUGACUGGCUGGAGGCACCACCAGGAAGCGGGAGUAGUUGCUUUCAAUAAAAGAACCCAUUUCAUGGGCUUGUUGAUGAUGUGCCCCUUUUCAUUGUGGUCAGAACCAGUGCAAUCAUCGAUAUGGGGCGACAAAGAACUAUAUUGGAUUGGUUUGGCAGCGGCCGGUGACGAAAACUAUGAAUUCAACCCCGUGCAUGCUGCCUCCGUGGGGAUGAAAACGACGCAUAGAGAUCGAAAAUACUACCCCAACUCCGGAAGCAACGAGUUGUGCUCCACACAUCCUGGACAUGUAAAUAAAGACGGCAAGCUUCUUUGGAUCAAUUCGGGGUUUGGAUAUUGCAAAAAAAAUGGCUACUAUAGGGACCGCAUGCAUUUCCCAUUCAUCACAUUUGAAAUGCUGGAUUUGGUUCAAUUGUAUAACCACCCGUUGAAAAUCAGAGCGGCUUUGGUGCCUCCGGGACUACCCAAUUUCAGAGAACCUGGAAACCCAGUUGAUCCUGAAGCUGAAGAAAAAUUCCGCAGCUCUUGGCGAAAUAGAAAGAAGGACACCGAUGAGAUUAAUGAAAAUCUACCUCACGGCACUGAACGGACGGAGUUUAUCCAAGAAUGGGGUCCGCAAAAGGGGUGGGUUAAGAACCCCAUUUGUUUUGGGUACUAUUACUGCGCAUACGACAGGGUGCAGAGCUACUCUUUGGACAGAGAGGUUGAUGCGGGAAUGCUUUAUGAGUUUGACGAGAAAUCUGUACGAUUUUAUGAUUAUUUGAGUAAAAUUUGGCUUACUGGUGGUUCGAGAAAAGCAUUGAGGCUGAAGGAAGAAGUAGAGGAGUCGAUGCGUCUCGCAGCGCAGCAAGGGUGA